AUGACUAAACUAGUUAUUGCUAGUAAAGCUCCCGUAGUGGCCUAUGGAGAGCUUAUCGCGGCUCGUCGAGUCAAUACUGCUACCGAAUCCAGUGUCGACAUUGAAUUUGUGGAAGACAAGAAGGCUGCUCCUGCUACUUUUGAUGGCGCUUCCGAGGCCGUUUUUGAGCGUCUUGUCAAAGCAUACCCCCAAGUUUUGGGCCGUGACUUUGAGUCUUCAGCGGAAUGGGUGAACUUUGCUGCGAAUGAACUUACUGUCAAAAACUUUGCCAAACUUUCUGGGUCUUUGGAGAAGCUAGAUGCCUACUUAAACUUCAGAACCUUUAUUUCGGGCACCCAUUCGAUAUCUUCGGCUGAUAUCGCAUGCUGGGGUUCGCUCAGAUCUAACGGAAUGGUUGGGUCCAUUAUCAAGAAUAAAGUGUACCUUAACGUCUCUCGUUGGUACACUCUUUUGGAACAAGUUCCAGAGUUUGGUGGUGCUCACGAGUUUUUGACCAAAUCUGUCCAAGAGCUCAAGAAGUCUGCAUCCGGUAAUAAGAAGAAGGAAACACACAAGGCCAAUUUCGAGAUUGAUCUACCAGGUGCCAAGAUUGGUGAAGUUGUCACCCGUUUUCCUCCUGAGCCAUCUGGGUACUUGCACAUUGGACAUGCGAAAGCUGCCAUUUUGAACCAAUAUUUUGCCCAAGAAUACAAAGGUAAGCUUAUCAUUAGAUUCGAUGAUACUAAUCCAACUAAGGAAAAAACCGAGUUCCAGGAUUCAAUUUUGGAGGACUUAGAACUUCUUGGUAUUAAAGGUGACAGGGUGACUUACUCAUCGGACUACUUCCAAGAAAUGUUCGAUUUGUGCGUCAAAUUGAUAAAAGAAGGCAAGGCCUAUUGUGAUGAUACUCCGACCGAGAAGAUGAGAGAGGAGCGUAUGGACGGUAUUGCUUCAGCCAGGAGAGAACGUACCGUAGAGGAGAAUUUGAAGAUUUUCACCGAGGAUAUGAAAAACGGUACUGAAGAGGGACUUAAGAACUGCGUUCGUGCAAAGAUCGACUACGAAGCUCUCAACAAAACUUUGAGAGAUCCUGUGAUUUACAGAUGCAACUUGACUCCACAUCACAGAACCGGUACAACUUGGAAGGCGUACCCAACUUACGACUUUUGUGUUCCUAUCGUCGACGCAUUGGAGGGCGUAACACACGCCUUACGUACCAUCGAGUACAGAGACAGAAAUGCUCAAUAUGACUGGAUGCUGAAUGCUCUUCACUUGCGGAAGGUUCACAUUUGGGAUUUUGCCAGAGUAAACUUUGUUAGGACAUUGUUGUCCAAGAGGAAGUUGCAAUGGAUGGUGGAUAAGAACCUUGUUUCCAACUGGGAUGAUCCAAGAUUCCCAACUGUACGGGGGGUUAGAAGAAGAGGAAUGACGGUUGAAGGUUUGAGAAACUUCGUUUUAUCUCAGGGGCCUUCCAGAAAUGUGAUUAACCUCGAGUGGAACCUAAUAUGGGCUUUCAAUAAGAAGGUGAUAGAUCCUGUGGCUCCCAGACAUACGGCUGUUGUCAAACCAGUCAAGCUACACAUUGAAGGUGCUCCUGAAGCUCCAGAUGUUCAGACAAGACCAAAGCACAAAAAGAACCCAGCUGUUGGGGAAAAGAAGGUGAUCUACUAUUCGGAUGUUUUGAUUGACCAGGAAGAUGCUGAUUUGAUUCAAGAAGGCGAAGAGCUUACUUUGAUGGACUGGGGUAACGUUAUUGUCACGAAGAAGAAUACCGAUGGAUCGUUGAUCGCCAAAUUGCACCUCGAAGGUGACUUCAAGAAAACUAAGUUGAAGUUAACCUGGUUGGCCGACACUAAGGACAAGGUGAAUGUUGACCUCGUCGAUUUUGACCACCUGAUUAGUAAGGACAAACUAGAGGAGGGCGAAGACUUCGCUGACUUUUUGACCCCUCACACCGAAUUUCAUAAUCAGGCCAUCGCAGAUUUGAACGUUCGGGGCAUGAAGAAGGGCGAUAUUAUCCAAUUCGAGAGAAAGGGUUAUUACAGGUUAGAUUCAUUGGCGUCUGAUGAUAAACCUUACGUUUUCUUCGGUAUCCCAGACGGUAAAUCUGUGAACAAGUAUGGGGCCAAGAAGUAA